AUGAGUUCGAAGAGUUGUUUGGGUGGUGCCCUGCUGUCCUUUGAGUACCAGACCGCGGUGGUAGAUGAAAAAAAUCGUAAACUAUGCCUUGAGAACGGGACCAAAACGGAUGACGUUUUAAACAUGCUUGUAAAUGAAGCCUAUGCGGCAGCCUGUGGUCCAUCCUCGUCGGCUCCGUUACAGGGCAAAUGGGUUCAAUAUGGUCUACAAAUUGAGAUCCUCAUAAGAAACCUGACUGCUCUGUCCGCUCAAGCGGCAACUGCUGAUCCCCAGUCGACAUCACAAGCGAAUUCGAACACUCAGGCCUCGGUGAAGGCCGUCGGUAUGCAGUGUUUCGAGCAGCUUUGCCAAAAUCUCUCUGGCCCGUUGUUAUUGUUCCCUAUCUCAAAGAAAAUCCUCGCAAAAUGUAUCCAACAGCUUGCCGAUGAAUUCCUCACUUCGUUGUCUGCGGCGUACGAACGGGUUUUGGAUCUAAUGGUUGCUCUACCACAUUUGUCUGGGGUUUUGAUUGAUAUACGUUCCUGGUGUACUAAUCAACCCGACAUAGAAUGUCCACUUCCAGUCGGAUCACCCGCUCGUUACAAAGCACUUUUGUUCGCAUUGUACGGUUGUUUGAAACAGACGACCCAGAGUAGUGCUGAUCGUACGCCCCAGGACGAAAAGUUGUAUGAGCGAUAUUUUGAAUUUCUGAAGUCCGUGCUUCGAACCAGACUCACUGCAUCCAUCACUCCUGUCAUAGAGAUUCUCAUGGACGAAAUUUGCAACCCACGCAGUGAACCUCUUUGGGUCGUGUUGCAUCAAAUUCUGUUGGAUGAAAAACAGGACUAUGGCAAAUGUACAAUAUCUGUGGAAAAGCUUCUGGUGGUCUUGAAUAUCGCAUCAGUUCGACUUUCUAAAUCUUCGCCCAAAUCUGAGGGACUUCAAGAAACUAUACUUGACGAGUUCCUGCUUUUACCGUUUAAGUAUGUACAAAUUGUGCUUUCUGUGUUCCAAACCUUGCUCUGUGAACUCGCUACAAAACUGGGAUGUUGCGUGCGAGAAAAGCAUACGACUACUGUCUGCGGUGAGUUCGUGUCGAUGAAACAUUUUAGUACUUCUUAG